AUGAAGAGGAGAGCUGGCCUGGGGGGCAGCAUGAGGUCAGUGGUGGGCUUCUUGUCCCAGCGGGGCUUGCAUGGGGACCCCCUGCUCACUCAGGACUUUCAGCGGAGACGCCUGCGAGGCUGCAGAAACCUCUACAAGAAGGACCUCCUCGGCCACUUCGGCUGUGUCAAUGCCAUUGAAUUCUCCAACAAUGGAGGCCAGUGGCUGGUCUCAGGAGGAGAUGAUCGCCGGGUUCUGCUAUGGCACAUGGAACAAGCUAUCCACUCCAGAGUCAAGCCCAUACAGCUGAAAGGAGAGCAUCAUUCCAACAUUUUUUGCCUGGCUUUCAACAGUGGGAACACCAAAGUAUUCUCUGGAGGAAAUGAUGAGCAAGUUAUCCUCCAUGACGUUGAAAGCAGUGAGACCUUGGAUGUGUUUGCUCAUGAAGAUGCAGUGUAUGGCUUGUCGGUGAGCCCAGUGAAUGACAACAUUUUUGCCAGCUCCUCAGAUGAUGGCCGGGUUCUCAUCUGGGACAUUCGGGAGUCUCCUCAUGGAGAGCCCUUCUGCCUGGCAAACUAUCCGUCAGCCUUUCACAGUGUCAUGUUUAACCCUGUGGAGCCCAGGUUAUUGGCCACAGCCAAUUCAAAGGAAGGAGUAGGACUCUGGGAUAUUCGGAAACCUCAGAGUUCUCUCCUGCGCUAUGGUGGCAACCUGUCACUUCAAAGUGCCAUGAGUGUGCGAUUCAAUAGCAAUGGGACACAGCUCUUGGCGCUGAGGCGUCGCCUGCCCCCUGUGCUCUAUGACAUCCACUCCCGCCUGCCUGUGUUCCAGUUUGACAAUCAGGGCUACUUCAACUCUUGUACCAUGAAAAGCUGCUGUUUUGCAGGAGAUCGUGACCAGAUACCAAGAAAAAGAAAAGAAAGAGAGAAACCUGCACCUCCAGUUCCACUGCUUGAGUAUAUCCUUUCAGGCUCUGAUGACUUCAAUCUGUACAUGUGGAAAAUCCCUGCAGAUCCAGAAGCAGGUGGCAUUGGUAGGGUGGUCAACGGAGCCUUCAUGGUACUGAAAGGACAUCGGUCUAUUGUUAACCAGGUUCGAUUUAACCCCCACACCUACAUGAUCUGCUCUUCUGGUGUAGAAAAGAUUAUCAAGAUCUGGAGCCCGUACAAGCAGCCAGGAUGUACCGGAGACCUGGACGGCCGGAUUGAGGAUGAUUCCCGCUGCCUGUAUACCCACGAAGAGUACAUCAGCCUUGUGCUGAACAGUGGGAGUGGCCUGUCGCAUGACUACGCCAACCAGUCUGUACAGGAGGAUCCCCGGAUGAUGGCCUUCUUUGACUCUCUGGUGCGCCGUGAGAUUGAGGGCUGGAGCUCUGACUCGGACAGCGACCUGAGUGAGAGCACUAUCCUCCAGCUGCACGCAGGGGUCAGCGAGCGCUCGGGUUAUACCGAUUCCGAGUCCUCGGCCUCACUGCCCCGCUCCCCUCCUCCUACAGUGGAUGAGUCUGCCGACAGCGCCUUCCACCUGGGGCCCCUGCGGGUCACCACCACAAACGCUGUGGCAGCAACUCCGCCACCGCCCACGUGCGAGGAUGCUGCUUCUCGCCAGCAGCGCCUGUCAGCUCUGCGGCGCUACCAGGAUAAACGCCUCCUGGCGCUUUCCAACGAGUCUGAUUCUGAAGAAAAUGCCUGUGAGGUUGAAUUGGACACGGAUCUCUUCCCUCGUCCACGCUCUCCCAGCCCUGAAGAUGAGUCCAGCAGCUCUAGCAGCUCCAGUAGCUCCGAGGACGAGGAGGAACUGAAUGAACGCCGAGCAUCCACCCGGCAGCGGAAUGCCAUGCGGCGCCGACAAAAGAUGCCCCGAGAAGAGAGGCCCAGCGCCCCGCCCAAGCCCUCCAACACCUACAUUGGCGAAGACAACUAUGAUUAUCCCCAGAUCAAAGUGGAUGACCUCUCUUCCUCCCCCACUUCCUCCCCUGAGCGGAGCACUUCCGCUCUGGAGAUUCAGCCAAGCCGGGGAUCACCAACUUCGGACAUAGAGUCAGUUGAGCGAAAGAUUUAUAAAGCUUACAAGUGGCUCCGCUACUCCUACAUCUCCUACUCAAACAAAGAUGGAGAGAGCUCCCUGGUAUCUGGGGAAGCAGAUGAAGGGAGAGCAGGAACCAGCCAUAAGGACAACCCAGCCCCUUCCUCCAGUAAGGAAGCCUGUAUAAACACCACAGUGGCCCAGAGGAACCAGGACCUGCCCCCUGAAGGCCAGAGCAAGGAUGCUUUAAAAGAAGGGACUUCUGCUAGAAACCCCAGCAUAGCCCCAGGCCAUGAGCCCAGCAGCCACUCUUGGGCAGAGGCACCAGAGGACACCUCUCAGGACACUAACAAUGGUGGCUCUAUAGAACACUCUUUUGAAACCAAGAAGCUCAAUGGAAAGGCCCUGAGCAAGGCCCUGAGCAGCCGGGCUGAGGAGCCGCCCUCUCCUCCUGUCCCCAAGGCAUCUGGCUCCACUUUCAACAGUGAGACUGGCAACUGUGCCAGGACCCAGUCUGAUGACAGUGAAGAGAGGAGUCUUGAAACCAUCUGUGCUAACCACAACAAUGGACGCUUACACCCCCGCCCCCCUCACCUCCACAACAAUGGACAGAACUUCGGGGAGCUGGAAACAGUGGCCUGCUCUUCCCCAGGACAUUCAGACACUGACCAUAACUUGUCCCUGACAGGGACACUCCUACACAAAGAUUGUUGUGGGUCUGAAAUGGCCUGUGAGACCCCCAGUGCUGGAACGAGAGAGGACCCCACUGACCCUCCAGGCAUAGACAGCAGCAGGGCUGUUCAUGGCCAUAGUGGCCUCAAAAGGCACCGAGUCGAAUUGGAAGAUGCAGAUUCGGAGAAUUCCUCCUCAGAGAAGAAAUUAAAAACAUGAUAAAUACAAAGGGAAAACAAAAAGCUACAAAAAGGAGCUUUACAAAAAAAAUUUUUUUAAUCCUGUUUAGUGAACACAGAGGAAAGGAAAAAAAAAGUAUUAAAGGCACAUAAAACCAGGGCCUGAAUUUUGUGUCUGAUGCUGCUCCCUUCUAUUCAACAAUGGGUCUGAUGUUUAGUUGGCCAUUGGCUUGUGGUGUGUUAAGAAAGGGAAAGAACCCAAGUGACUCCUUUCUAGUAAAACGUAAGCAUAGGCUACCUGUGCAGAUUCUCUUACAGUAAACCCUUGUUGAGACAUUUGACUUGUUCUUGUGUGUGUGCACUGGCACACGUGAGCUCAUUGUUUCAGACUUUUCCUUCAAUUCUCCAUCAGAAAAGGAUCUAUGGAUCUGUAUUUUUUGCCAUCUCACCUUGUUUACAUGCUGUAGGUGUUCUGGUCAUAAUAAUGAGUACCUGCUAAAUCAGGUUGUGCUGCCAGUGAGUAGUGGACUUAACGCUGAAAGACUGGAGAGGAGAAUGGAAACAGGCCUUCAGCUAAUUGGCUGUGCCGGAAAGGAAAGCAUGGUUCCUUUCUUAAAGAAAUCUUCCAUGUUUUCUCUCAGUAGCACUUCUACAUUGAGCAUUUAACGUAGACAUACUAAAAGCGGAGCAUUUUUAAUGCUGAUGAGAGGUUAGCACUUAAGAUCAGAUUCAAGAGAACAUAGAUCCCUGAUAAAUUUCACUGACUGCAAAUUGAACAAUGCUGCAACACUGUAUGGAGGCCAUAAAAUAUAACUAGUUGUGGGUAACACUUUAACCAGUUAGAUACUUAGUUCUAAGAGGUGCUCAGAAGGCCUGCAUGUGCUUCCCUGGCCCCAUGUAAUGGCGUCUAAGCAUAUAAGCAUAUUGAAAGAAGGGGAAAAGACAGCUCUCAAGAGCUCUGUGCUCAAACUACUAAAGUGGAUGUUAUAUGUGUGUGAAGAGGUAUAGUAAAAGAGCAGAGUAUGGUACUGUAUUUAAUUCAACCCAAAAUGAGUGGUGAGAAUUGAUGGGCCUGGCAUCUUCCCUCAGGCUUGCAAUUGACAGGCUGUGGUGUUCUGACCAGAUCUUGCAGAACAGUGGGCAUCUUGAAGUAACAGGCUCUUACUGAGUAGGUCUGUCAGGAGCCAGAACAUGUGGAAAGAGGAGUCAGUGGUUUUAAGAUUCCUGGCUCCUGGAAGAGACUCCAUUUCAUUGAGGUAGAUAAAGAUUGAGAAGGGGAACGGACCGAGAGAUUCACAGCAUCGCAGUGAUCGUUAGUCACUUGGUUGUCAAUGAAGGGCUGUGCAAGACAGGAAGAUCUAGGAAUGACCAGAUAUCUUGUUGUCAUAGAUGUCAUGAAAAGGCAAGAGAAUACUGGCAAGAAAUGAGGAAGAGAGGAGAACACUGUAACUUUGUUGGGCGCAAAGGUGCUAGACAGUUAGGAGCCCAGAUGGCAUUGGUGGAGGGAGGACCCAUUGCGUGACUGGUAUGGCCUCGCCGACCCUUUUAGAAGAGGGCCUGUCCUACUGGAACUGGGACCAAGGGGAGACAGCCUGUGGAGAAUGAAGACUUGGAUGGAUUUAGGCACUGGGAGAAGAGAGGUUAUUUAUAAAAGAAGGUUGUUGAUCUAAGCCAAAAGGGGAUAUCAUCUUGCUAAGCUUUGUGAAAGGAACGUUGUGCCUGGUAUGUGUGAUGUGACUUGGGUGUGAAAACACUGUCUUAGGAGAAAGAGAUAAAGGAGUGUGAGUAGCAGUGGAGAUGCUUACAAUUUAACAACUGUAAUCUCAC